AUGCAUCAGCAGCACAAGAGCGAGGUGCGCAUUUCGCAUGCCGAGCGCAGCAGCAGCAGCAUGCAGAUUCGUCAGGUUCAGAACGUUGCUUUUGCCGAUGCAACGGCAAAGGCAAAUGUCAGGCCAUGGACAAAGUCCAUGUUCAAGCUGUACCUUUGCCUGUUUAUUGCCACCCUCAACUCAUGUAUCAACGGCUACGAUGGAUCUCUCAUGGGCGCCAUCAACAGCUACCAUCAGUACCGUUCCUACUUUGGCUUCAACAUUGACGAGGGCACCCCAACAACAGGAAUCGUGUACGCAAUUUACACUAUUGGCAACUUGGUUGGUUCGUUUGUAGCAGGUCCAGCGACCGACUUCCGCGGACGAAAAUGGGGAAUGUUCAUCGGUACCUCCAUCAUCAUCGUCGGCGCCUGUAUCCAAGCAACGUGUGUUAAUCUCGGUGGCUUCAUGGGCGGCCGCUUUGUCCUUGGCUUCGGCGUCGCCAUCACAUCGACCGCUGGACCGGCCUAUGUUUCUGAAAUGGCACACCCUUCCUACCGCGGUGUCUGCACUGGCAUUUUCAAUACCUUUUGGUACGUCGGUGGUAUCCCAGGAUCCUUUGUCCCAUACGGCACAAGCAAUAUUCCCGGUACACAGUCGUGGCGCAUCCCUGUCUGGCUUCAACUCAUCUUCGCGGGCAUCGUCUUCUCGUGCUCACCCUUCCUGCCGGAAACACCCAGGUGGCUUAUCGCCAAUGACCGACACGAAGAAGCGCUGGAUACCAUGGCCCGCUUACAUGGCGAUGGUGAUCGUGACUCGCCCAUUGUCAAGCUCGAAUACAAGGAGAUGGUUGAAGAUAUCAGCGUCACUGGCUCAGAUAAGCGCUGGUGGGACUACCGCGAGCUGUUCAAUUCCCGCGAAGCCCGCUACAGAACUAUGCUAGUCCUCGCCAUGGCAUUCUUCUCACAAUGGUCUGGAAAUGGACCAGUUUCAUACUAUUAUCCGACGAUGUUGCAAGGCGCCGGCAUCAACGACAACCACACACGCCUCCUGUACAACGGCAUGCAAAACGUCGUUUCCUUUAGCGGCGCCAUAUUUGGUGCCAUCUACACGGAUUCCUGGGGCCGCCGCCCCCAGCUCCUCGUCUCCACUGCCCUGCUUGUCGGCGUCUUCGCCAUCGUCUGCGCCCUCGUCGCCACAAACCUCAAGACAGGCCCGGACGGCAAGCCCAUCUACAUCAACGACAACGGAACCCCCGAGAUCAAGCGGCCCGGCCAGGCUAAAGCCGUCAUUGCCUUUGUCUUCAUCUGCGGCUUCAUUUACAGUGUCGGAUACACUCCUUUACAGCAAUUGUAUCCCGUCGAGUGUCUGCGCUACGAGUCGCGAGCUAAAGGCAUGGCGUUUUACAAUUUCUGGGUCAACAUUGCGAAUUUCUAUAAUACUUUUGUGACGGGGAUUGCGUUUUCAGGGGCUGGCUGGAAGUACUACUUCCUCUUCAUUUUCUGGGACAUAUUCGAAUUCGUAUUCAUCUACUUCUUCUUCGUCGAGACACGACGCCGCACCCUCGAGGAAAUCAGCGACAUCUUCAAUGCAAAGAAACCCGUCAAACACUCGCUCAACAAGAAAAGUAUCAUUCUGCAUGCAAACGGCAGAGGCGUCACUGAAAUGCUCGAUAAAGAGGAAAUGGUUGCUGAGAGAAGCUUUGGCUCGCCUGCAGCCAUGAAUGGUCGAAGGGCCGCAAGCCACCAGGAUGCUGCUGUCAGGGACCCCGAGCGCAUGCCAAGGAGUGUGAGGGAUAGCGAGGGCAGCGAGGGCGGCCUCAUUGGCAGAGACGAACUGAGAGAUAAGGUCAUGGGGACUGCGCGUCUGAGUGGCGAGAGUCGAGGUACGCGAAAUGAUGAUGAUGAUGAUGAUGAACCCGAGGAAAGACAUCAUGGGUGGCGCCAAGAUAGGGAGCCUUGGUAUGCUGGGUCGCCGCGAAGUUUGUAA